AUGUCAAGUUUUAAUGCUGAGACCGCUGAUAACUUAGAAGAUAUUGAAAAGCAAUUCGCUGUUGUCGCCGUUGAACAAGCGGAAACAUACUGGAAACUAUUAACAAGCGUUCCAGGUUCCAAAUUGCGUUUGACCAAGUUCGAUGACGAAAUUUACGAAAACUUCAUCGAAAGAUUCCCGGAAUACAAGGAUAUUGAAAGAAUUAAGAAAUUCACAGACGAAGAACUAAAGACCAAAGAAGCUAAAGAAAGAUGGAGAAAGUUCUUCACAAUCUUUGAAAAAACAGUCGAAGAUUAUAACUUUGGAACUUUAUUGAGAACAGACUCCUCAGCCGAGUACGGUCAAUAUACGACCUGUUUUGUUGUGAGGCUACAAUUUUACGCCUUUGAAAUCGCAAGAAAUAAGCACGGUUUGAACGAUUGGAUUGUUGGCCACGAAUGA